UCUAGUCUAGUGGUUUCCCUGCCACAGGCCUCCGGUGUUACUCGUGCCUCCUGUGUUUUUUGUGGAUUACUUUGGAUUAUUCACCGGUUGUGUUUUGGACUGCUUACCACCUCACCUGAUCAGAGAGGAUGAAGAUGGAGCUGGAAGCUGCAGAUUCUUGGACACAUCAGGAGAAGAGACACCGACUCUGAGCUGCAGAACCUGUUCCAUCCACGAGGAGGCGAGCCAGCGGGUCGUCAUGGAGCCGGCGUGCCGUAAAGACAAGCCGAAGCUGAACUCCACCCCGACGAGAGGAGACCGAGCCAAACAGAAGUCCGCUCAGCAGGAGCUCAAACAGCGACAGAGAGCGGAGAUCUACGCGCUGAACAAGGUGAUGACGGAGCUGGAGCAGCAGCAGUUUGAGGCCUUCUGUAAACAGAUGCAGUCACAGGGAGAAUGAAGAGUCCCGCCCCCCUCCGGACCAGGACCUCCAGGAACACGACGUGCGCAGCAGGCCGCCGGUGUGCGUUUAAAUAUCAGCCUUUUGUCAGCUCGUCUUUCUGUACUGAACCAGGUUUUACACAGAUUGUGGUCUGUGAAGGACCUCUUUCAAGAAGCACCAGCUGCUAAACGUUCAGGAGACUUCCGGUGUGCGGUCAGGGUGAACGCUAGCCGCCCUCGUGCAGCCCCGCCCCCUCCUGCGUGUUUUGCAUCUGACUCAGAAGUAAAAAUGAUGAUUCUGUAUUUUAGCUUAAAGAGCACGCUGAGCCUCUUUCUGUUUCUUAUCUCAGCGUUUUCAUUCUUCUUAAUUCUCCACCUUCAGUGUUUCCUCCAAACGGCCCCCCCGCUGUCCCUUCUCCCGGCCCGCCGAUCAGCCGGCCCACGUUUGGUCCCGUCUCUGGUGUCGGCUGAGCGUCGGGUUACUGCUGCUAGUGACGCGACCAGCUACACCCGCGUCAUGUGAUCGAACGAGCCGCACGCACCGUGUUAGACCUGAGCAUUGAUCGGCCGCUCCAACGCGCAGCCAUUGAUCACCUGACUCUUGUUUCUUGAUCUGGAUCCACAAAGCGGCUUCUGGUCCUCGUGGCUCCACACGCACGAGACGAGACGCCAAAACACGAACCACACAGAACAUCACACGGCUGCCGUCCCGCCUCCACUCACUCAGCUCACGCAGUGUGCACCAUGUCGUCUGAAGGCCCCGGGGUGUGGCCCCCGGGGUGUGGCCCCCGGGGUGUGGCCCCCGGGGUGCAUCUAUGGGUUCUUUUAAAACCUACAUGUUUAGUUUCCUGGUGCUUCGUAAUGUGCAUGUUUGAUAUCACGUUCUUGCCCCUUCGGUCUUUUCCUGUAUAAACUGUUUGUGUAAAGUGUCGCUGGCUGCUGUAAAUAAAGUUUAUAGAAAUCCAA